ACCGUAAAAAUAGAGUAGAUGGUGUGGAACCAAGAUCUUUAUUGAUAGAGAGAGUUUACAAUGUAAAGAGAAUGAUAGUGGAAAAUAAUCUACCUCCUUAGGUUGAUCCUAGAGGUAUUUAUAGGAUGCUUAAACACAGUUAUUCUAGGAAUACAAUUUUAUUUAAUUGGUGUUUGGGUAUUCUUAUCCUAUCAGAAUUUAUUUUUAUCCUUACAUUAAUAGGAUUAUCUCUAGAUUAUCUACACGUGUCCUAAUUAUUAUAGGACUUGUUUUUAGGGUAUAACAUUUGCCCUCAAACGAAGAAGUUUGAGGAUAACGAAAAACUUCAACAAAUGUCUGCCUUUUUGCUCUGUUGAUCUUGACUCUGAAUUCUGCGCAGGCCCUUUUGGUUCAAACCCCUAUUUUCUUGGGAUUUUAUGCAAUUUAUCCUUUUGGCUUGUUGGGGCUUUCUUUGAGUUUCCCGAUUCUUCCUUUUCAUUUUUUGUUUGACUUCCUCUUGAUUUCUUUUUGUUUUCCGUUGAUUCUUCUUUUUCUUCUUUUGUCUUUUUCUUUUUUUGAGAAAGGUUUCUCAGAUCUUGCGGCUUGAUCAGGCCGGUGAUGCUGCUAUGGCCGGUAAUCUCUCUGCUUCCAGCUCUGUUCCAAUCUCUGCUUCCGGCUCUGUUUCGAUCUCUGCUUUCUGUUUCGAUUUCUGCCUCCGGCUCUGUUUCGAUCUCUGCUUCCGUUGGUUCUUGCAUUUUCUUUCUUCUUCUUUGCCAUUUUUCUGUUUUGAUGGAAGGGAAUCCUUCAAAAUCUGCUGUUAUGGCUCCGGUUGCUUGGGAUAUUGCCGAGAUGGGGGUGGAUCCCAUUGCCAGAGGUGUUUAAUGGUGAUUGCAAUUCUACCCUGCAAAUGCUGAACCCAUGUUGCUGUGUCCUUCGUUUCAAACCUUUAAACCUUACCAAGACCCUAAAAUCCUACCCAAAACCCAGGCGUUCAGUCGCCAUUGCAUCCGCCCUGCAAUGGAAUAGGAAGCCGCAGCUGGCAGGGGAGACUACGCGCGUUGUGGUGAUCACCUCCGGAAAAGGUGGAGUUGGAAAGACUGCUGCCACCGCAAAUGUGGGUCUCUCGUUGGCCCGCCUCGGGUUCUCGGUGGUGGCCAUUGACGCCGAUGUCGGGCUCCGCAACUUCGACCUUUUGCUCGGGUUGGAGAGCAGGGAGGCCUUUCUUGAGAGCAAAACAUUAUCCACGUUCUCACAUCUACGAGUAUUCCAAAUGUAAACUGUAAUACUUGAAAGAUUAUUCAAAUAACUUAAAUCUCAAUUCUGUUAAGGUUACAUUCUUUUGCUUUGACAGUAUGUCUACUUCUCUUUUCGUAUGAACUUCACCGGGAAGUUGGUUUGAUGAAUAAAUCUCAUAAGUUUUUAAAGUGAAACUUUGCAUUAGGAUACUUAAAAUUGUUGCACUUGUUGGAACAUAAUCAUUUCAUGGCAUCCUUGAUCUUUUGUUGGCUUAUCUUGUUUCCCAGUUGAUUGUUCAAAAGCGCUUCUUGUCUCACAUUUUCAGAAUAUCAACAAUAAAGUCUAAUCCCUUUCUCAUAAGGAAGAAAUUGAUCCUUUGUCAUGGCAUUUGUUAGAAUUUUUCCUUGGUUAACUAGCACAUCUAUUAUGCUUUUCAAAGAGCGAAUGUUUGUAUUGUGGUUGGAUUACCUCUCUGCGCUCUUGAAGGUCUGCAUUCUAGUUUGAAUUGAUCUUGAAGUGCGGCUGACCCUGGAGUUGUAGAAACUAACAUUAUGCGGAAGUCCUUUCUUGUGUUGCGUACCUGACAUUUUAGUUUUGAGGCUUCUAGGGCUUCUGAAAUCUUCUACAAAUGGCGCCAGCUCCAUCAUUGAUGCAGCUCUUGCCCCACCUGAAACAUCAAGGGUGUACUUUUUUGGUGGAAAGGGUCGAACUAUCGACUCUUCUUUACUUUCGCACAAUCCCAAACUUGCACAGGAACUUUGGACUAAUUCAUGUGAUCUGUUUCUCAAAUUACAGCCUGCUAUCCCAAAGAUGCUAGUAAACGAAUAUCUUCCUCCUUUGUACUGCAAUGGGAGAAUAAGAAAAUAAGGACUCGAAUCUGUUCAAAUAUACCUAAGUAGGUCGUCAUCUUUGUGACUUGUUCCAUUUCCAUCAAUAAUUUUGGUGAUUUGGUAUUUGUACUGUGCAAUAAAUAAAUAAAUAACUU